AAACAACUCAACAAUAUCUACAUUAGCAUCACAGGAGAACAUAUAUAAACAAAAUCGACGUUUCAGUUCUGAUAAGUACAAGCACAAUGACAGGUCGCGUUUUCCAAAGUUUGGUUACCUUUAGUUUAUGCUUUUUGGGUACCCUUGUGUCCACCCAAAUUUGUUACGACAACCAAUGGUUCAUAUUUAGGUCUGUAGCUACAGGUCUGGCUGUGGAUGCCCGGGAUCCCACAGCGGUUACGCUAAAAGGUUUCGAUGGAAGUGAUUACCAGCAAUGGAAAUUUCAAUCCAGUUGGCCGGCAGGGGCCUAUUUCAUCAUCAACAAGGCUUCUGGAAACGUACUCGAGAUAGACGCUGACAAAUAUGUUACUACAGUUCCGCAGGACUGUCUCGGAGCACAACAACAAACGUGGUUUGUCUAUGGUGAUGGUCGUGUUGGAGCUUGGCAAGGGGGUGAUUUAGAGAGUGAGAAUGACUACCUGGUGGAUGGCGCUCGGUUGAGGAUUUCAGACCAAAUGAAUGCAACGGUUGUACAGUUCUUUGUAGAAGAGUAUGUGGGAGUAUAAAGUUUAAUGUUUCAGCCAUAUUUAAUUACAGAAAAAGAACUAUUGUAUUUUUUAUAAACUUUAGUAUAUAACAAUAAAAAAUAAUUAUUGUUGUACCAGAA